CUAGUAAUGUCCAUGCAUGUGACCCUGAAACAUAUCUCGUCAUCCCAUAGUUUAAAUGUCAGAGCCAUAAACGACUGAAAUGACUAUUUCACUUUGGACAGCUCUAAUACUACAACUUGUCUUCAAAGUUUCAGCCCAGUCGGCAUGUGGAAACGAAAGUUCGGUUGCUGUUUGUAGCUGCCGGACGAAUUUUGACGGGACUUGGACUGUUAAUUGUAGCGGACUUGGACUACGUACUUUACCGGUCGGAAUUCCGAUAAAUACUUCAUACCUUUAUGCUGAGAGAAACAAUUUAACAGAUAUAGACGAUGACACGUUGCAAAGUCUGCCUCAUUUAAAGCAUAUAUUUCUGAACUUUAACAAGUUGAGUACUUUACCUAAGUUUCCAAAGGGAAUACGAUUCAUAUCUGCUACAAACAAUAAUAUUCAAUCUAUUGAUGGUUCUUUUGAAGACUUAACUAUGCUUACUGGAGUGAAUUUGGAAAGCAAUAGAGUAAAUGUCAUUAAGAACACAGCAUUCAAAGACUCGACGUAUCUUUCGUAUUUAAAAAUGAAGAAAUGCAAAAUCGAGGAGAUUCAGCCUAACACAUUUACAAGGUUAAGUAAAUUGUCGUUUAUCGACAUUAAAAGCAACUAUGUUAAUAGCAUUAAAGAGGACGUGUUUUUACUGAAUGGUUCUUCCCCUUGUGACAUACAAUUAAAAUAUGCAGGUGUUGAGAAUAUAGCGACAGGAAGCUUCAGAAAUCUUGGAAACAGCUCGAGCAUAUAUUUAAUGUUUAACUCGAUCAGAAGCAUCCCGUCGAGAGCAUUUCGUGCACAUUUCUUACUACAUAUAGAUAUAUCAUUCAAUGGAUUGCAGCACAUAGACCCUGAGGCAUUUGCUGAAGUGGGAAGUGUAUGGAAUUUGUAUUUAGAUAGAAAUGAAUUGACAGAAAUUCCACUUGGUCUUUAUAUUCUUAACGUGAGGCUCUGCUUAAGGAUGACUCUUAAUUCUAUCGACCUAAGUUCUCAACCAAAUAGAAGCGUCAUUGUUGACUCGGCAAAAGAAAUACUUUUGGCAAAAAAUAACAUUCGGUAUAUUUUUAAAAAUCAUUUCUGUCAGUUGGAAAGUCUGGAAGUGAUAUUCCUUUAUCACAAUGAGAUAUCAUAUAUAGAAGGUGGAUCUUUCAGUGGAACCAGCCUCCGGUCUAUGUAA